UCUUACCUUAGACAGCCGAUCUAUCUUUGUCUUUUCAAUGGUUGGAAAUAAAAUUUUCGAGCUUUCAGUCUUUAAUCAUCAAACCAGUACUCAAAUUCAGAACAACAAGGUUGAGUUAGUUGUUUUGGAUGACUCCAUCUAUGGUGAUGAUGGUGAUGAUUUGGUUAUUGCGUCCGAACAUAAGGAGAAGUGUAGUACUGCCGAAACUGACUUUCAGGAAAGUGUUGUUGUGGAAUGUGAAGAUGACAAAUUUCAGUUGGCAAGUUUUGAGUCUGUGUUCAAUGAUAUUGAUGAUUCGAAGUUUGAUAACUUUUUCUCAUAUCUACUUGAAAUGGAAGACCUUAAGAAGAAGGACAAAAGCAACUUUGAGAUGGACCUGGACAAAUUUUUGAUACCGAAGAAUAACUCCCAUGUUGAUCCUACACGAAAAACAAAUAUUUUUAUUUCUGAACCGAGUCUGUCCUCCAUAGUUGUUUCUGAUACCAUUCCGAAAUAUAAAGUUGAUGUUGGUCAAAUUGUUUUACCGAUAAAGAGGAAGGCCACUCAUAAAUGUAAAGCAGUUAUGUUGGUGUCCGAUGAGUCUCUUAUCGUUCAUCGUACACGUUCAAAGUUUAGAAACAAAAAUGAAUCUGUGGUUGUUGAUAAGUUUAUGGCUGCUGAAACCACAUCUGUUAGCCGUAAACGUUCUACAUUGAAAAGGUCGAAAACAAUUUCAAUCAUUGAGUUCACCAAAGUCGCCGAGAACAGAAUGCGUUUACCGUCUGCUAUUUCCGAUGAGUUAUCUCUUUCUUUUCACAACCUCCGUGAUGUUUCAAUCCAAAACAUUAGAUGUGAGGUAACAAACAUGAAGACGAUAGCGGAAAAGAAUGGAGAUGGUUACAGGUAUGGUUUUUCCAAGUGGUCGGCUUUCUUGAAAUCAAAUCAAAUACACAUGGCGCUACUCUUUUCUUUAAAUAUGUCAAGUCUUCGCAGCUUUUGAUUUUGACCAAAUUUGUACACAAAACGACAAAGAAAAGAGGCCGUCCGUGACUGUUUGCAUUUGUGGUUGUUAGUUGGUUUUGUAUAUGUUUUCGUGAACUGGUAGUUAUUAGUUGAUGGUGGGUUUACAGUUGUUUGCAUAGUUUCUACUUGAUCUUCGUAUGGCCCAAGUUGGAUGUCAGUUAUGUUUUCUGUUUGGACAAUUAGUACUUAAACAUGCCCUCUUUUGUAAGAAAGUUUACAAGUUAAUUUUUGUUUUAAUUUAGAACAUAAUUUUGGUACUACUCUUUUUUCCAAUUUUAUU